AUGGCUCCACCAUCCACAAGCCAGUCUUGUUGUCUGAUAAUAUCUAUCUCUGAGCCAAAAAGAAAAAAAGUAAAUGAGGUAGUAGAAAUGAAACAUGUACCGAGUGCUGCCAGAACAGAUGACAAGCAAGUGCCUGAGAGCAUUCCAUCACCUCCAAGGCUCCUUGACUGCGUUGAUGUGCUUCAACUCUAUGAUCAAAGAGCACAAGCUAUUUGGAGCACCAAAGGAUUGAAUGAGAUGGAUGUAGUGAGACAUCGAGUGUUGUCGGGGAAGCAAAAACGUUGGAAUGGUUCUGGUGGUCUUGAAAAUUUCACGAUGCUGGUGAAAACAGCGGACAAGGUAACAAAACUCGAAGAAGGCACAAAAUGUGCGCACAACAUCUUCGGGGACGUAACCCUUGAUUGCUGGCAAGUAUACCUUGACAUAGUAUUCGUGGAUGUCGGUGCAGGGGAAAUCGUUCGUAAAUGGCUGCAAAUGAGUCAAUUAGGGAUGCUACUGAGACAAACACUGGCAGCAAGCCUCCUCAAGGAGUGGGCCUUCCUUUACAAAGAUCCAGAGGCUCGUGACCCAAACCUGAUCUACCGGUCUGCAUUUAUGUUGGAAAUGAUCGACGGUUGUCACAUUAAUCUGAUUUCUGGUUUCCUUGAUGUACCUGCGCUCAACACGGAUGACCUGCAAUUGAAGGGCAUGCAGGCUGUAAUCGCUGCAUGUGCCGCCUUGCUCGAACACAACUUUGUCGCAAAGCCCAAGGCUCUUUCAGAUGGCCACAGCAUAGGCACUAGCAGUGCAAAGGGUAAUACCAGCAAGGCUCGCAAAGCCCCCAUCAAGUGCAAUAAAUCCAGCAGCAAAGAUAGCACUGGCAUGCCAGCAUUUUCGGAGGCCAACUGCGGAUUGGUGACAAUGGAAUACUACGAGUCCAUCAAGAGGCGGGGGCCGAAGUACACGAUGGAUGUCAUUGCCCUGGUGCACCAGCACCAUGAAGCAGCCCAACUUGAAAAGCUCAAGAAUGCUCCAGCUGAGGAGCUGAAACCCAAGGGUGGGCACACCCUGAUUUGUAUAAUAUUGGCUAUGUUCAUCUUCGUGCACUUUCCUAUGCUCUCUGCGCUUACCAGACACUGA